ACCUCCCAGUCGGACCAACCACAUGAUGGGAGCUACACAGUUUCAUGUGACCGUUUGCUGAGCAGAGGAGACACCAGGGGACAACAAGCACUUGUUUGUCUUGUCUUCAUUUUUUGGUCAACGCUGAGAAAGACCAGCUGAAGAGAAUCUGCUAUGCAGCCCGUCCAGUGAACCUGACAAAGACCACAGGCCAUCAUGCACAGCAUCAAGACGGUGGAGACACAGGUGCCCUUCCUCAAAGAGAGCUUCUUCACCACCACGUUCAGAGGCAGGAGAAAGAGCAGCGUGUCCAACCUCCUCCACAGACAACAGCACUAUGCACAGCUGCUCCCCGUGCCACAGCAGCCACACAUCCUAGAGCAGGAUUCGUCGCGACAGCAGUGGCCCCAGCCUCCUGGCGACCAGGGGGGGGCAGGGCCACCGCAGCAUCCUCGCCUGGCGCGCUCCACCAGCAGCCCGUUAUGCAAGACCGCUGAUCGGCCGAAGCGGGAGGGGCAGCGAGAGAGCAGGGAUGAGCGAGCGAGCGUGGCUAAGCCGGGGAGGGAGGGAGAUGGAGCGUUGAGUGGCAGUGAGACCGUGACUGCCGGCGCCAGUCUCCACCUCUCGUCAGCAGCGGUAGAGGCAGAGGCGGCAGCAGCAGCAGCAGCGGCGGCAGCAGCAUCCGCCUCUCAGGGUCCCGUGGUGGGACGUAGGAGGCAGAGCUUCAUCAGGAGAGGAUCUGCGUUGUUAGUCGCUGCCCAAGAGGGGGUCAGCUCUGCCCAGGCUCGUACCCAGCAGCAUGGCCUGAUCGCAAAAGGAGUGCGCCUCCUCAGGAAUAUGGGGAACCAGGAGGCGAAGCAUAAGAAGGCAGGAGGUCCCGGCGAUGGGGAUCCAGCCUGCGAUGGAGUGAGGGGAGCUGAUGGCAAGGUGGAGGUGAACAAAAAACCGAAGAAACCCCUGAGCAACGCGAGCAAAGGAGCUGGGGCAGAGGAUGUUUCUAAAAAAAAAGAGCCGAAGGGUUCUGUGUUUUCCAGCAUGCGGAUCAGAAAGAGCUUCUCCAAGGCAAAGGGCCUCUCCAAGGAGGAAACCUUUGACAUCAACAGAUCCACCGCCAUUGAUAAAACAGACCUUGGUGCCAAUGUGGAAAGAAGUCUGUCAACCGAUGACAUUGGCACGAUCUCGGAUGACAGUUUGCCCGGGGACAGAAAUCGGUCCAUGGUGGACGAGGGCGACAGGGAGACGAGCUCUGCCUCGGACCCCGACCUUUACAGUUUCCACUCGGCGGUGGCGGACCACGAGGACCUCCUGUUGGACAUCGAGCUGACCAUCAGACAGCAGCACUUUGGGGCAACAAAGGGGGACAACCUAAACCUGUUGACCAAGGGGCCCGCUGCUUCUGAAACAGAGUGGAUGUCUCCGCCUUUACCAACCGCAUGUAUAGAAGCAGACCCAACUGCUACCCUCAGUCACACAAAAGCUGAAGACCAAAUUGGUCAAGUGGAGACCGAGUCAACCCCCAAGAGACCAUCCCUUUCAAGAGACCCCUCCGAACUAGGGUCUCCUAGCGAGUGUGGCCCUUCCUCAACCUUGGCUGUAGACACAGAGAUAAUCAGUGGCAGCCUCUUUCAAAAAACAAACAGCACUUUCAGUUUGCUUGACACAACUGUAUACACCUCCUUUGAGAGCGCAGAGGGCUCCCAGGACCUCAGCCCAGUGUUUAUCGAACCAGGUGACAUAGCGUCCCACUGCGUAGAUACGUGCCUUCCCGAUAUACUUUUAGCCCCCUCGACUGGCGCACUUAUGGGACCGCCCAAGAGCGUAAGCAGCCUCGACUUGACCCUGACCAGGGAAGAGGAGGAACCGGGAAGGCAGGACUUCCUGUCUCUAGAUCGACGCAAGAGCCACCAUUCCAUGUCGCUGGGAAGCCCCCCUGGAGCCAUUCGGAGACGGAAGUCCUCCGUGGCCUCCGGGGUCAAGCUCUAUCCGCCCAUCCACCCCUCGUACGUCAAGACCACCACGCGGCAGCUCACCUCCCCGGUCAGCUCCCCCUUCACAAGCCCCCAGGUGCCCAGGAGGACCGAGGACGACGGCCAUGACGCCGUCGCAGGACACGACCCGGGUCUGAGGGUCCGCCGGCAGAGGUCCUGCUCCGUGGCCGGGCCUCCCAGUGCCUCCACGGACUGGUCCAGGGAUCUGGAUGAGCUGAGAUCCGGCCAGGACGGGGACGAGGGGUCAGGCAAGAGGAAUCAAUCGAGUGGGGCAUACUGGACACUGGGUUCCAAGAGAGCGCAUGGCCGCCACAAGAGCUCCAGUUCCACAGGGUCCUUCCUGGACGUCUUCUCUGGCCGGACUCUCAUGGAGAGGAUGCGCCCCCACGCGGAGGGCGUGUCCGCGGGGGAAGAGGCCAGAGAGCUGUGCCUCCACAUGCUGGGCCUGGGCCUCCUGCAGCCCUUCAGCGACGGGGCCGUCCAAGAGCCGCCGGCCGGCUUUGAAGACACCCUGACAGCGGCCGCCUUCAAUGAGGAGCAGCUGUACACGUGGGCGGCUCUGGGCCUGCAGGUGCCAAGCCAUCUCUGGGAGCUGUACGGCGGGCGGAAACCCGGGAGGACACUGCAGGGGUUCCCCCCAUCCAGCAUCAAAACACCAGGAGGAAUAAACUGCCAGAGCCACUCCGUCGGGUCCAAGUCUCCGUCCCCGCCAGAGGACGGCGGCCGCCUGGCCCCUCGGCUGGAGCGCACCGCGGCCGAGCUGCGGCUGCAGGUCCGAGUGCUCCAGGGCCGGCUGGCGGAGGAGGCCCCCGGCCGACACGAGCCUCCGCCGGCCGGCGCCGGGGGGCCCGGCGGGACGAGCCAGGACGCCUCGGUCCAGACCUCGCCCGCGGAGGAGGGGUUCCGCUUCCAGGCGCCGUUCAGCCGGGGGUCGCCGUCGCCGCCCUCCGUCCCGGCCCCCCUGCCUUUGUCCGGCCCCGUUGUUCUCAGGGCAACGGGGGGCUUUGUUUGCACCUGCCAGAAGGGGCAGCAGGUGGGCAGCACCUCCCCUCCACCACCACCCCCACCUCCACCUCCACCUCCACCACUUCCGGGGUAUGGUCUCUCCCUCCCUCCCCCGCCGCCUCCCCCACCUUUGCCAGGCGGUGCUGCCCCUCCUCCUCCUCCUCCUCCUCCACCUCCUCCACCCUUGCCUGGGCAGGCACAUCCGCCCCCCCCUCCACCACCACCUCCACCCCCCGGGUUUGGUCCCCCUCCACCGCCACCUCCACCCCCCGGCUUUGGGCCUCCUCCACCACCACCUCCCCCUGGGAUGGGCCCACCUCCUCCACCUCCACCCCCAGGCAUGGGGCCCCCUCCGCCGCCAGGGUUCGGGCCCCCCCCGCCCCCGGGGGGGAUGCCCACCACGAUGGCCCCGGCAGCGGCCACUGGCAAGGCCGUGUUGGAGCCCUCCAAACCAAUGAAGCCCCUGUACUGGACCCGCAUUCAGCUCAACGCCAAAAAAAACAGCGGCUCUCUGGUGUGGGAGAAGAUUGAGGAGCCCACGGUGGAUUUUAACGACUUUGUGGAACUCUUCUCCAAAAGUACCGUCAAGGAGAAGAAGAAACCCAUAUCGGAUACCAUCAGCAAGUCCAAGGCCAAGCAGGUGGCGAAGCUGCUUAGCAACAAGCGGUCUCAGGCGGUGGGGAUCCUAAUGUCCAGCAUUCACCUGGACAUGAAGGACAUCCAGAACGCCAUUCUAAACAUGGACAACAGUGUGGUGGACCUCGAGACUCUGCAGGCCCUCUAUGAGAACAGAGCCCAAGACGAUGAGAUGGAGAAGAUCCAAAAGCACAAUAAGGCAACAGCAGAGAAGGAAGAAGCGAAACCGUUGGACAAGCCUGAACAAUUUCUCUUCCAGUUGUCCCAAAUCCCCAACUUCUCUGAACGGGUCUUCUGCUUCCUGUUCCAGUCGGCCUUCCGAGAGUGCAUCUCGUCCGUGCUGCGGAAAGUCGAGAUCCUGCAGACCGUAUGCAAGACGCUGCAGAGCGGGAAGUGUGUGAUGCAGAUCCUGGGUCUGGUGCUGGCGUUUGGGAACUUCAUGAACGGGGGGAACCGCUCGCGAGGCCAGGCUGACGGGUUCACCCUGGACAUCCUGCCGAAACUCAAGGACGUUAAAAGCAGCGACAACUCCCAGAGUCUUUUGUCCUACAUUGUUGCUUACUAUCUACGGCACUUUGAUGAGGACGCGGGCCGGGAGUCAUGUGUCUACCCUCUCCCGGAGCCUCAGGACCUGUUCCAGGCCUCGCAGAUGAAGUUUGAGGACUUUCAGAGAGACCUUCGCAAGCUGAGGAAAGACCUAAACGUUUGCACAGCGCAGACGGAGAAGGUCUGUAAGUCGUCUUCGGAGGAGAAUCUCCAGCCCUUUAAGGACGAGAUGGAGCAGUUUUUGAUACAAGGUCAGUUGAAUCUCAUAAUCACAGACUUUUAGCACUGGUCAUUGAUGGACAAGAAAUUUUCACUGCCAUGGUCUUGCUUUGCAGUCAUCCGUGGAUAACUGAAAACCGAGAGAUUAGGAACAACAUUUUAAAGCCAAGAGGCCCUGCAUUGUUCAGUAAUUCCCACUCAUUGAUCUGCUAAUGCAGAUAUUGAUAUAGGCUGCAGAUUUCCAAUACAAAUACCGCAUGUAAGCUGUCUGGCAAUCUUAGUUUAGCACAAAGCAUAUGGUGUGGGCCUUUGAUCAGAGCCAUCCAAGACUUUACAGAAUUGAACUCCAAUUAACUGGACUUUGACUUUAAGGUUUUAUCCCUUCUGCUGUGAUGAAAUGCAUCUGCAGGGGUUAGCCAGGUCGGCUUAUCUUGAUGUCAGCCUCAUAAAGCAACCUCCAUUAUGCAAAUCUGCCAUGCAACUUGUUCAAUUAGCCGCUGUGAGGAUAAACUAAGCGAUAAGAAAUUAAUAUUUAAAAUCAUAUCCAGUCUUUAUUCAAACUGGAAGAAAUUGACUAAAAGGAUAUGUUUGUACAUGUAUUGACAUACAUCUAAUCAAUCGAAAGUCUAUUGGCGGCUAUCCUAUCUUCUAGUUUGACAAAAGAUGACCAGUGUUACCCAUUGGAGCUGUUGGGAAAAGGAGGAAGGGAACGCGGCCACCUUUGUCAGCCUAUCCCACUUCCCCGGGGGUGUCUGUCAUAGCCGCAUCUCUCAAAGGAAAUCAAACAAACGGGAAAAAAAACCUCGCUAAACACAGAUCUAAUGUUUUGGUGAUGGAGGCAAAGGUAGAUGAUGGAUCUAAUGGGGGAGCGCUAACAUGAAUCAAUGUCAGCAGAGCUCCCCGGGGCUGCAGCCUUGUUUGUUAUCAUUACACCUACCAGGCGUGCCUGUUAACAGUAAUCCUGUCCCACUCUGCCUGAUUACUUCAGCAGCCCACAGUGGGGAGGAAUGAAAUAGUUUCUCUCCCUGGUUGAGAAUUACAAAGUACACUCUGACCACAAUCGCUGCUACUGCUAUCAUUUGAUACGAAUCUCGGUAAGGCGAGACUCCUGCUCUUGCCUUGUUUGAUACGGGAAUGGUUCUUGGUUUGAAUGGGGGGGGGGGAAAAGGAAGAGCCAUAAAUCAUGGUGAAUCUGAACCAUUAUCAGACAUCGCGGGGCCGGAGACGUACAUCAAAGGUGUCUCCGUCGGUUUGUUUAGCGUGUUUUAUUUUGACAUGUCAUUUAUUGUGUUGCGUGGCCUUUGAGUCUGACUAAACGCACUUGACUGUGACCAAUCUGUGCGAGGCGGCCAGCUCAUGGGCCUCUUCCCCGACUGCUUUUGUAUUCAAAUGAGGGGGUAAUAUAUAGCACAUGCUCCGUUGCUGUAUCCUUCAUUGUCCUUGAGUUUGGUCGUUUAAAGGAAGUCUACAGAUGAAAGCACGCGUCCCACUCCCCCUGUCUCUUCUCCCGGAGAAAUAUGGGCAUUUUUCCUCCCUUUGAUGUAAACGACGAGAGGUUUGGUCUUGCGAGAGCGCCCAGCGUACGUUUUGUAACGGCGCUAUGUGAGGGACGGCUCCAGACUGAAUUCUUGGGGUGCCUCCGCGCAAAAAAAAAACAAAAGAAAAACAUCAACAGCCAAAUGUCUUAUUUUUGUUAUUUCUGUAAUUUCUUGAAAAACCCUGAGGUUAAACAGUUUCUGGCUCCACCAUUUCAGCCGCUCUUGUUUAUUUUCUGACCAUGAAACCGACCACAGAAUAACAGUGAGAGCGGACAUGUUGGAGCUGCGCUGUUUGGUCUAGCUCGAUUUUCCCCGCUCGCUUCACAAAUUCUCAUGCAUGCAA